AUGUCGUACCUCAAUUUUGCAUCGGUUGGAUUCCCCAUGUAUAAUCUCCAGGAUCAAGUACAAAACUCAAGCUCCCAACUUGACAUGACUGUCAACGGGCACCAAAAAUCUCCGUUUUUGGGAGUGGCGGAGGAUGUGGCUGACAGUCGCUAUUCUCCAGUUUCACUUGAGCAAGAAGAUGUCACGGUUAAUAAUGGAUCAAGCAUUCCUUGCAAUCCGGAGGGGGACACUCCAGAUUCAACCCUUGCGAUGAACAGUGCAUCCAUGGCCGCCUCGGAGACGCGCAAAAACAGCUCGUCGACUCGGUUUUCCAGUCCUUACUUGACCAAGACCAGCAUGCAGGGAGAUGUGUAUAACUUCUUAGAAAGACCCAGCGGCUGGAAGUGCUUUAUGUAUCACUUUGCUGUAUUCUUGAUGGUGCUGAUUUGUUUGAUCUUCAGUGUACUAUCUACCAUAGACCAUUAUGCUGAUUUUGCAACUGGAACUCUUUUUUGGAUGGAAAUUGUGUUAGUGGUAUUUUUCGGCGCUGAAUAUAUGGUACGACUGUGGUCUGCAGGCUGCAGAAGUAAAUAUGUUGGUGUUAAAGGAAGGAUUCGGUUUGCCAGAAAACCUAUUUCAAUUAUAGAUUUGAUUGUAGUGAUUGCAUCCAUUAUAGUGCUCAGUGUUGGAUCAAAUGGCCAGGUCUUUGCAACAUCUGCCAUCAGGGGUAUUCGUUUCCUUCAGAUCUUACGGAUGCUGCAUGUGGAUCGGCAAGGUGGUACUUGGAGGCUUUUAGGAUCUGUUGUUUUCAUUCAUCGUCAGGAACUGAUAACAACACUAUACAUAGGUUUUCUGGGUCUGAUCUUCUCUUCCUAUUUUGUGUACCUGGCUGAGAAAGAUGCAGUUGAUGAAAAAGGGAAGACUGGCUUUGGAAGUUAUGCUGAUGCCUUAUGGUGGGGUGUGGUAACAGUUACAACAAUUGGAUAUGGUGACAAAGUUCCACAGACAUGGAUUGGAAAGACAAUAGCAUCUUGCUUCUCUGUUUUUGCUAUAUCUUUCUUUGCACUUCCAGCUGGUAUAUUGGGGUCUGGAUUUGCUCUCAAGGUUCAACAGAAACAGCGUCAAAAGCAUUUCAGUCGGCAAAUACCUGCAGCUGCCUCCCUCAUUCAGACCUUAUGGCGAUGCUAUGCUGCAGAGAAGACCCACAACUCCACAGCCACUUGGAAGAUGUAUGUAAUGCCUCCGGAUUACAGUUCCAAAACAUCAGCAACACCAUCCAGCCCAUAUAUGAGGAAACAGAUGAAGAAAUAUAAAAGAAAAUGCAAAAUGGGACGAGAUAACGAGACAGCAUUCAUGAUGAAUAUUGGAGAAAAUGCACUAUCAGUACCACAGAUAACCUAUGACCAUAUUGAUGAAAAGGAUGACAAGAAAGAGGUCACCUUUUUUAUUGAUGAGCCAGCAGGUCAACAGCUUUCCUGGUCUUCCUUAACCAUCUGUACCUCAAGCUGUCCCUCAUCGCCAGUGAGAAAACGUUUUAUUGAAGGAAACCCAAAUGAUAUUUCACGGACCAACAGCUUUGCUGACGAAAUGGAUUUGAUGGGUGAAGAAUCACCAUUGCCUGUGGUGACAGAUGUAUUACAUUGCUUGACAAGUCCUUUGUAUGUAAGGGUCUUGGAAUCACAGGCAACAAGGCAACUCAAUUCAACAAGAUUAACGGAAGCACACAGAGCUGCCAUAAAAGUUAUUCGACGAAUGCAAUAUUUUGUUGCAAGGAGAAAAUUUCAGCAAGCUCGAAAACCUUAUGAUGUGCGAGAUGUUAUUGAACAAUAUUCCCAGGGGCACUUGAAUAUGAUGGUCCGGAUCAAGGAACUACAAAGAAGGUUGGAUCAUUCCUUGGGAAAGCCUGCAUUUUUUCUUUCAGAAAAGGGAUUAGACAAAGGUUACUACACUGCAGGAGCGAGGCUGAUCCGCCUGGAAGAUAAGGUAACAAUGGAAGCACAAGUUGAAGAGAUGUUAAAGAUUAUAUUAGAUCAAAGCAAGAUGCUUAUAAAGUUGCCAAAUAAAACAACUCUGCAGAAAGUAUUGUUGUGGACCGAGAAUAUAGUUUUCCCAAAGGAAUUGUUUAUAUUUCUCUGUUUUAAAGAGAAGGAGCAUGAGAACAUGAGGCGAUAUAAGAAGCUAAAUUGGAGGCUCUUGCAUUCAAGCAUCACAGAAGACCUUUGCCAUAACUGGUCUCAAAGCCGCAAGAAUCAAAAGCUUCACCCCGCAUUAUAUCUGAAGCCACAUUCAUAUGUUAAAAAGGAUUCUGCCAGCUUUGGGUGGAAAUAUUUACUACCUGCUCAGGAAAGCAUGUGGAAAUUAGAGCUUGGCAGCUGCCAACGGCUUCAGAAUGGCCAACGUGAAAUUGUGGACGGAGGCCGAUCGCGGUCAGCCAUUGUUUCCCAAUCACUCCAGGGCCCCACUAAUUGGGCGCUCCUGCCAAAGUCUUCUCGUGGAGACAUUGUGCAGAAAUUUUCAGAUGGCUGCACAGCAAAAGUCAGUAUGAAACUCUUCCUGCUCCUGACGGCUUCCCAGCAAACAUUUGACGCUUGA